AGGUCCGGCCCAGGAGCUGCGGCCCAGCGAGACCCUGGGGAGCCCCCCUCUCGCAGGCCCCGGAGGCCGGGUCGCGGGGAGCCAGGCGCGGGCCGCCGGCGGUUGCGCCGAGGGAGCCCCGAGGGGGAGCGCCAUGAGGGCGGACUCGGGGCUUCGGCCGGAGGCCCACCCGCGUCCUCCACGAGCCCUUCCACCUGUGCCAAGUGCUAAUCAAGAUGAUAUUCCACUUAGUCGUCCAAAGAAGAAGAAACCUAAAACAAAAACCACCCUAGGUAGUGCUUCUUUGGAAGGCUUUGUUCAGGCUUCCGUUCACGGGCCGUCUGAGGGCAGUGAGCCACCAAGUAAAGAAUCCACAGAGCACCCAGAAGAAGCUCCUGUUCAAAGGAGACAGAAGAAGACGAGGCUACCUCUUGAAUUGGAGACUUCUUUAACCCAAAAGAAAACAUCUGGCUCAUCUUUAUUACGGAAUGAAAAUGGCAUUGAUGUGGAGCCAGCUGAGGAGGCAGUUAUUCAAAAACCUCGAAGAAAGACAAAGAAAACCCAGCCAGCAGAAUUACAAUAUACCAAUGAACUAGGAGUAGAAGAUGAGGACAUAAUUACUGAUGAGCAAAGUGGUCCAGAACAACAGUCUAUAUUCACUGCACCCACUGGCAUUAGCCAGCCUGUAGGCAAAGUGUUUGUGGAAAAAACCCGGCGAUUCCAGGCUGCUGAUCGUUCAGAGUUGAUAAAGACCACAGAAAAUAUCGAGGUGUCAAUGGACAUGAAGCUUUCCUGGACAACCAGAGAUGUUGCACUCUCAGUGAACCGGGCUUUCAGAAUGAUUGGUCUCUUUUCUCAUGGCUUCUUGGCUGGCUGUGCUGUGUGGAACAUUGUUUUCAUAUAUGUGCUAGCAGGAGAUCAGCUUUCUGACUUCUCAAACCUUCUGCAGCAGUACAAGUCUUUGGCAUAUCCAUUUCAGAGUCUUCUCUACUUGCUUUUAGCUCUAAGUACUAUUUCAACUUUUGACAGAAUUGAUUUUGCUAAAACAUCAGUAGCAAUCCGAAAUUUUCUUGCCCUGGAUCCAACAGCUUUAGCCUCUUUCUUGUACUUUACUGCUCUUGUAUUGUCUCUGAGUCAGCAAAUGACAAGUGACAGGAUCCACCUUUACACACCCUCCUCUGUUAAUGGUAGCCUCUGGGCAGCAGGUGUUGAGGAACAGAUUCUUCAGCCCUGGAUUGUGGUGAAUCUCGUGGUGGCCCUUCUGGUUGGACUAUCUUGGCUUUUUUUAUCUUAUAGGCCAGGCAUGGAUCUUAGUGAAGAGUUGAUGUUCUGCUCAGAUGUGGAAGGAUAUCCUGACCAAGCUAAAGGACUCAAAGUGUCUUCAUAAUGCCAGCUAGUCUUCAGUGUAGUACUGGCCUAGUAUUUUUCCUAUUCUUGUUUUUAAAUGCAUUUUUUAAGACAUGUACAGGUGUAUUUGAAAUUGAUUUUUUGAUUGUAUGGUACUGAAAAUUUUCUCAAGAUUAUGAAAAAUGUUAAAACUUGUAUCUGCAAUUCAUACCCAAAUGUUAAUCUGUCUAGCAUUGUCAUCUUAAAGACAAAGGAGGUAAUGAGCUAGAAACCAGCAGGUGAAAGUGUUUAUUUCCUGUUCUCUCAAAUGAGUUGCAUUUAUAAUCAUUAUUGUAAAAAGCUGUAUUAUAGAAAAAGCCAGGGCAGCCCCGGUGGCGCAGCAGUUUGGUGCCGCCUGCAGUCCAGGGUGUGAUCCUGGAGACCGGGGAUCAAGUCCCACGUUGGGCUCCCAGCAUGGAGCCUGCUUCUCCCUCUGCCUGUGUCUCUGCCUCUCUCUCACUCUGUGUUAAAUAAAUAAAUCUUUAAAAAAAAAAAAAGCCAUUACUUAGUGUUACAAAAUAUGUAUCAGGUUUAACCAUAAAAAGUAGGGAAUAGGAAAGAAAGGGACAAAAGACCUUUAUUUUUAAUUCUCCUUACUGAAUAAAUUAAAAUAUGAAAUUUGUCUUUUUUCAAACUGGCUUGGUGGUUGUGGUUAUGUAUCAUGUAAGAAGUAUAAUGUAAUUUAACUUGAAAGAUGAUUUACUUCAUGACUAAUAAAAAGAAAAUGUACCUUU